AUGAACUUGAAAGAAGAAAAUGAACGUCGACGUUGCCGAGCACAAAUUGUUGAUGAAAAUCCAUAUCUUCGUAGCUUGGGAAUCCAUAUCAUUAAGGCGCCGUGUGCAGGAGAAGCUACUAUACAGUUCCCUCCAGCAAUUGUUUGCGAGAAUGGCGUAGUUGAACCAAAGCCAAAUGGGGAUCUUGAUUGGCGUCUUUCAGUACCUCGUGAUGACUUACUCAUUCAUGUGGUGAACCAUUUGCAAUGCAAGGAAGGGAAACAGUUUCGCGAAGCUUUUAUCGCAGCAGCUAAUGGUCGUGCGGAAUUCAUUCGUCUCACAAUUCUUGUCAUGCAAGCACAUCCAAAUUAUCUCAUUUAUCCGGAGCAUAUACAGCAGGGAAGUGCCUCACAGCAAAAUGUCUCACCUGGCGCUAUUAUACAUGCAGAUAUUGUUCAUCCAACUCAAACGGAAUUCAUUAUUGUAGCUCACAGAGUACUGCACGUCCUGUACGUGCCACGGUUGGAUGAAUUAGAAGGUAUUACAAAUGCUCUUUGCUAUGCUCAUGGCAUUGUCACUUCACCGAUAUCUCUACCGGCGCAUCUUUAUGCUGCUGCUGAUCUCGCUAAAAGAGGACGCAAUAAUUUCAAAACUGAGCAUAGUGGUUCUAAUUAUAAGCAAUGUGCAGUAUUCUUAACACUCGCUUACAUAAUGUUAUCACCAGAAAUGUUGCCAAUGAAAUGUUUCAAUGAGUUUUCCAAUAAACUGAAAUGCAAGUUUUGGGACUAA